AUGACAGGAGACACAUCACACGGUCAGGGAUUCCACGAGAGGGACAUCCACGAAUUAAGGGAGCAGGACAGAUGGUUACCCAUCAACAACGUCUCACGUCUUAUGAAACAUACGUUACCAGGCUCAGCUAAGGUCUCCAAGGAUGCCAAGGAGUGCAUGCAGGAGUGUGUUAGCGAAUUUAUCUCUUUUGUGACUAGUGAGGCUAGUGACAGAUGCGCUACCGAUAAGAGGAAGACGAUCAAUGGGGAGGAUAUUCUGAUAUCGUUGCAUUCAUUGGGGUUUGAGAACUACGCUGAAGUGCUGAAGAUAUACUUGGCCAAGUAUCGAGAGCAACAGGCCUUGAAGGCCCAACAGCAGAAUCCCGAGCUGGACUCGAAGAUAGAGGAGAACCAGGACCAGACAACAUGA